CAAACUGAAGGAUCCAACUGCUCUGACUGGACUUCAAACAUGUUUAAAACAUUUUCUGGAAUAACAUUUUUUAUUUUCUGUUUAAUUCAUACUGAAGGCCAAAGUUAUCCUGAAUUUGGCUUCAUAGAAACAUGCAGGGGAUCAUCAUAUGAUAAAAUUGUCUUCAUUUUGGAUACUGAAGAGGCUGCAUAUAAAGACAUAGAAAAGGAAAAACUAGUUUUCACACUACCUGAUAUGGUAAACUCCUUUUUAAAUGCAAAUCCUCAAUAUUCUCUGAAUGAUCUAAGACUCAAUGAUGUUGGAAUACCAGCUUUCUGCACAGAGAUUUACCACAAGAUACUCUCUUUGAAUGUGUCUGAAGACACUGAACCUCUUGAACCUCCUUGGACCACAGUUUACUCCCGGAAUGAUGUGAAAUUAAAUGUCAAGAACACUCUGAUCUGUCAUGUGACUGGAUUCUUUCCCCCGCCGGUCAGAGUCUUGUGGACCAAGAACAAUGUGAAUGUGACAGACGGAUCAACUAUCAGCAGAUAUUACCCUAACAAAGAUGGCACAAUGAACGUCUUUUCUCGACUGAGCUUCAUUCCAGAGGAAGGAGACGUUUAUGGUUGUUCAGUUGAGCACAAAGCUCUUCAACAACCUCAGACCAGAACAUGGGAUGUGGAGGUACAGCAGCCCAGCAUUGGUCCAUCUGUGUUCUGUGGAGUUAGUCUUGCUCUUGGGCUUUUUGGUUUUGCAACUGGAGUCCUUUUCAUUGCCAAAGGAAAAAAAUGGAUAUAAUUAUACAUAAGUCAACAUUAAAAGUGGAUCAGACCCUUUCAUCAAAGUUGUCCUAAAUCUACCGAGCAGCACGGAUUCUUGAAAAAUAGUUUUGAUCCACUUCAAAUGUUGAUUACUAAAUAAUGAUGGAAAAAAAAAAAAAAACAUUUUGGUGUUACACUGUAAAAAAUAAGAUGACAAAAAGUGAUGACAAAUGCAUUUUUGUUACUUUAAGGUAUUUCAAUGUGUUGAUCCAGCUCUAACCCUGAUAUAUAUUAUAUAUAAUUAUAUAUUGUAUUUUAGUUAUGCAAAGAUUAACUUGAUAUUUUUAGUCAAUUUGACAUGUAAAUUGACAUGACUAGAAAAACUAAAAGCUAAAGAAACAGGAAGAUGGCACGAAUGUUUAAAGUGCCGUUGUCAUAUAAAAAUAGCAUAUAAGUUUGCAUUGCAAAUGAACAGAAACUAAACUAAACCUGUUUGGUUAUAUCUUAUAUCUGCUUCAAGAAAUAGCAUUAGACUAUUUAAAAUGCUUGAUUACAUUUUUGGCAAACACAGCAGGUCUCAUAUAUAAUAUGUCCAAUCAACGACAAUUGUAUUGUACAUAAGUCAUACAAGAAUGUAAAUACUGUUUAAAAAAAGACUUCUUAACUUUUAUUUAAGGUUUACAGUGCAAAUCAAAUUACAAUAAAAAACAAA